AUGGCCAGUGCUGCAGGACGAGUCACCGGCAAGGAUGUUGUGACCGAGCAUGACUUGUGCAGCACUGACAGCGGGACUAGCUGCUCUUCGGCCACCUCCGCCGGCGCCUCCGUAGGAGCUGCCGAGCCAAGGUCUACCCGGCCGUACGACAAGGUUGAUGGCCGACCAGAUGCAGGUUUAGAUCCUCGAUGUACGAACUUGAACUACUUUCAUGAUUUUGCUAGCAUUGACAGCCUAAUUUCGACCGGCCGCUUUACAAAAAGAAAAGAUCUGAGUGAUUGCUGCAGAGGACAGGGAAAAGUCGAGUUACAUUCGAUGUCCUCCGAAGACCAUGACGAGCUUGUCGUGGUCAAGAAGCUGCCCGCAGAGCGCGUCAACAUAAAUAGAGGGAAGCCCGGAAGUGAGCUCGCAAUGCAUCAGCGGUCUAUUGCGCGUGACUCAGAGGAUCCCUUGGCCGAGAUCGGUGUGUUCAGCCUCCUGCGCCAGAGCGAAAAUACACCCCAGUACUUGCUGGAGAUGCUGUCCGCAUUUCAAGUUAGCGAGGAGAUCUGGCUAGUCCUCGAGAACGCAGAUGGCGGUGAUCUUUUCGGUGUGGUGUCCUCCCGGGUAAUGUCCACCGGACAGAUCAUGCUUUGGGCCUGGCAGCUGCUUCAAGCUGUGAAGUUUCUACACUUGCACGGCAUCAGCCACCGUGACAUCUCCUUGGAGAACGUGCUGCUAAGUGGUGGAGAUGUUCGGCUCAUGGACUUCGGGCAAGCAGUGCAGACACACCUGGAAACAGGCGAGCUUUGUCGAUACUUUGUUCCGGCGGGGAAGCCUUACUAUCGGCCACCAGAGGCCUACAUCCCAAAUCAAGGAACGCUGGCAGUAAUUUCUCCCGCCAGUUCUCGAGCGGGACAGGUUGCUUUGGCACUGACCUCGGCGCAGGACUUCCUGUGUCAUGUGCGCCUGUUGGAAGCGGCUGAGCCUGGACAGCUUUGUGCAGCAGAGCCCUGGGGAUACACAGCUCCGCCAAUCGACAUUUUUGCAUGUGCCGUCUGCAUCACCAUUAUGUUCCUUGCUGGGCCGCCCUGGCGACAGGCACGGCCGACAGACAAGUACUUCCAGUGGGUCCAAAGCAACGGUCUUGGGGCCUUGGCCACUUCCUGGAAGAAGGCAGUGCCAUCGUCAGCUGCAGAGUUGCUGGGCCAGAUGAUGCAAACAGACCCUGAACGACGACCCGCUAUAGAGGCCUGCCUCGGUCACACCUGGUUUGGGCCGCUUCGAUCGGCGCCGGUGGCCCUUCGCGAUAGCACCGCGUUCGGCAAAGCAAGUCCUGCGUCCCCACGCCUGGCCGGGGACUGCUACCGCGAACAGGAGUGGGUGUGCCGAUCUCUUCCAAGCCUGUCUGUGGCACCAGAAGUCUUGGAGGCAUGUGCUUCGUCCGUCGGCCCAGAGUUUGACGUCCUGGGCGAUCCUUACCGAGACAUUCAACCAUGGAGCGCGGAGUUGCACCUGCCAACUCAAGCCGAUGCAGAGAUCGCUGGACUCCUUUGUGACGCACCACCGCCUCUGCCCUUGGUGCGGGAAGACAGGACUGAAAUCAGAAAGAUUGAGGCGGAGGGCCGGGUCUUGCAAGUCGCGUCGGCCUCGCCUGGUGCUGACAGAGCACAACUGCAAGCAUGCAGGCCUGCCGGUGGCGCCGACGACCAGGUUAUCGUCAAGGACAUGCCGAGAUCCUCUAAAAUGGAGACCAAGCUGGCUUCUGCAAUGCCUUCUUUGCCUCCACUUGGACGCAGCAGAUCCGAGGCCUCGGCCUCCCCGAGCUGCCUCGCCGGGUCACCAGCCCAAGCGCUGCGCGCGCUGCGGAAGACCAGCUCGGGUGCCCCGAGAGUUCUUCAGAUCACAAGGAUGAUGGUGGCGACGUGA